AUGUACACACAGACACAUGUACGUACGUACAUACACACAAACACACAUGUACACAGACACAUGUACACACACAUACAUGUACAUGCAUGCAGACACAUGUACAGAUACACACAUGUACAUACACAGAGACACGUACACACACCCAUAAAAAGUUGCAGUACUUCGUCGUUCACAUACAAAUCACAGAUCCGGGUACUGCACUCUAGGGGGAGGCAGAGAGCACAGCACACACUCCUUGCUUUGCUUUCACUGCGCUCAGCUAUUGAGCAGUCUGACGGCUCCCAGUGCCAAUGACAGAUCCGGCCUGAGCUCCAAGCCUGCUCAGCAAGACGGCCCUGGGGGACACACUCACCCCCACCAUAAUUUCCACUCGGCAUUGGCAAGCAGGCGAGUGGAAAUUUCAAGCCCUGGUAAGCAC